AUGUCUUCCAUCGUAGACAGCGUCAAGAACACCAUCGCCGAAAACUUCGGUGGUCCAGCUGAAAAGCUCGCAACCCACCAAUUCUCCCUCUCCGAAACCCCCGACCUCACCAACAAAGUCGCCGUCGUCACUGGCGGCAGCGAAGGCAUCGGUUACGGCGUAACUCACACUCUCCUCUCCCACAACAUAAGCAAGCUCUUCAUUCUCUCCAUUUCCGAAGAAGUCGUCAAUGGCGCCAAGAAAUCCGUUGCUGAAGAACUCGGCCAAGAGAAAGCUAAUCGCACAGAAUGGAUCCAGUGCGAUCUGAGCGACUGGGCUGCAGUGAAGAAAGCCGCGGAGCAGAUCAAGAAAUCUACUGAUCGCUUGGAUAUUCUUGUUAAUAAUGCUGGAAGGGGAAUCAUGACGUACCAGCUCUCAAAGUAUGGUGUUGAUCAGCACAUGGCUGUGAACCACUUCGGUCAUGUUCUUCUGACUUCCUAUUUGCUUGAGCUUUUGAAGAAGACGGCUGAUGAGCAUGGGACUGUGAGGAUUGUCAAUCUUGCUUCUAAUGCUCAUCAGGGAGCACCUAGCGAUGUUAAGUUUGAGAGCCUUGAUGAGCUGAACCAGGAUCUUGGACCGAAUCCUCAGUAUGGACGAUCAAAGCUGGCCGCUAUUCUGUAUAGUCGGUAUUUGGACCGUCAUGUCACCAUGGCCGGAAACCCCAAGAUCUUGGUAAAUGCUACUCAUCCUGGAUUUGUCAGUACCAGGCAGAGCGUUGAGCAUAUCCACGAAGCGUAUCCUCUCGCUGGCUACGCCAUGUCAAUUGGCAUGGAACCUUUUAAGAAGGAUCAAUUCCAGGGCGCCACUAGCUCAGUAUUUGCCGCGACCCUUACCGACAAGUCUGGACAGUAUAUCUGUCCUCCUGCUGUGCCAGAGUUGGGCAAUGAGCUUUCGCAGAAUGAGCAGCUUGACCAUUCGCGCGCCCCCUUCUCCGCAUUUUCCUCAUUGGUUCCCCAUGUUCUGUUUCUCUUCACUCCUGAAAAAACAAAGAUCACCAAGUUUCUCGCCCAUGGUAUCGACAUGAUGCUGCUCGGCAUGGGCUGGCAGAAGCCUGGUAACUUUGCCGGUUCGUCGAGUUGGGCUAUUACGAUUGGGCUGUUUGUUGCGUCGGGGGGUUUGUUGUUUGGCUAUGAUCUGGGCGUCAUCAACGGCAUCCUCGCCAUGUCCGUCUUCAAAGACCACUUCAGCACGAAUCAAUCCUGCAAAGACGACGAGGGCCACAUCGAUCUCUGUCCCGCAGACUCAUCGCUCAUCGUCGCCAUUCUUAGCGGUGGAGCCGUCAUCGGCGCUUUGGCAGCAGCUCCAUCUGGUGACAGCAUCGGGCGGCGUAAGACAUUGCUCGCGGCUGUCACUACAUUUUGUGUCGGGGCCAUCUUUCAAAUAUGCGCUCGAGCGACGCCGAUGUUAUUAGUCGGGAGGUUACUUGCUGGCGUUGCAGUCGGAGCUAUUUCCGUUCUCGUCCCUCUUUAUCAGUCCGAGACUGCGCCGAAAUGGAUACGCGGGACCAUCAUAUGCAUGUAUCAGUUCUCCAUCACGGUGGGGAUAUUAACCGCGACUACUAUCAACGUCGGCACAUCCAAUAUCGACAGCGAUGCAGCAUAUCGAAUCCCUCUUGGCAUACAACUCGUACCCGGCCUCAUCCUCGCGUCUGGUAUUCUUUACCUCCCCGAGACUCCUCGGUUUCUCGUCAAGAAAGAUCGAUUGCCAGAGGCAGAAUUAUCUCUAAGUCGUUUUCGCAGAUUGGAUAAGACGCAUCCCGCUCUGGUGGAUGAGCUUCAUGAGAUUAUUGCAAAUCAUCAGUAUGAACUAACACUGGGUCACGACACAUACAAAGCUCUCUUCGCAAGAAACUCCUCUCUUGGCCGCCGAACCAUGACAGGCUGUGGGCUCCAGAUGCUGCAACAACUAACUGGUAUCAACUUCGUUAUGUAUUAUGGCACCACCUUCUUUAGCAACGCCGGGGUCCACAAGCCCUUUCUCACCAACCUAGCCAUGAUCAUCAUCAACUGCGUUUGCACAGUGCCUGGUCUCAUCGUCAUCGAAUCAUGGGGAAGACGAAAGCUCCUCAUGGCUGGCGCUCUAGGCAUGGGCGUUUCUCAGUUGCUGAUAGCAGCUGUGUACUCGGCAACUGAGGAUAAGAUGGAAAAAUCUAAUGGAGGGGCCGCUAACAUAGUCCUUGUCGUCUUUUGUGCCCUCAACGUGUUUUUCUACGCAGCGUCCUGGGGACCUGUUGCGUGGGUCGUGACUUCAGAGAUCUUUCCACUAAAAGUGCGCGCAAAAGCCAUGUCUGUAUCAACGACAGCAAACUGGCUUUUGAACUUUGGAGUUGCAUACGCACCACCAUAUAUCCUCGGCAGAGGCGCAAACGCAUUCGGGCUCAAGAUCUUCUUCAUCUGGGGAUCAUGUUGUCUCCUUUCCAUUGCUUUCGUAUGGUUGAUGGUAUACGAAACUAGCAAGAUGACACUAGAGCAGAUUGACGAGAUGUACGAAAGAGUGAGUUAUGCAUGGGAGAGUCCAGGGUUCAACCCUACUUGGAGCUUUCAACAGAUGCAGAAUGCGGGAUGGGACGCGAAUGCGCAGCCAGAGCAACAGGCUGGCGAUGAACAUUCAACAUCGAAUGUCAACUCGACGGACGACGAGAGUCAUGAAACGGCGCCGAUAAGGCCGGAUAAUUCACACGGAUCGACGACUCGGAUGGUGAAUUUGGAUUUUAGUUACUAA